AUGGCCAUCGCCAUCGCCUCCGCCCUACGCCGCGCCCCCAGGGCGGCGGCGGCCACGCGCGCCCUUCUCGCCGCCCUGGGCAGCCCACGCGGCGGACGCGUCGGUCCUCCCCACCAUCGCGCGGCGCCCAUCGCUCCUCUCUCCUCCCUCUCCGCCCCGCAGCCGAGCGCCGUCGCCGACGCCCAGCUCCUCCGGGUCAUAACCUACGAGAUCUCCCGCGCCCAGCUCGACUGCAGGAACCGCAACUGGGCGAAGGUAUUAGGGGAAGGCUUCCCCUUCGAGAUCAGAGACAAGGAGGGCACCAACAGGAUAACGCUCACGAGGACCCAUCAGGACGAGCGGAUCGAGGUGGAGGCGCUCCUGCCCAGCCCCGUCGACGGAGCUGCGCAAGACGACGGCGAGCAGGAGGAGGAUGACCAAGCUGAUGAAGACGGCAAGAAACAGGGCCACGCCGGCGGCGAUGUCCCAAAUAAGUACUGCAUCCCACUCAUUGUGAGGAUUCGCAAAGGAGUAGGGGCGGCUUCAUGCUUGGAGAUCGGCUGCUGCUCCUACCCAACGGGGUUCGUCGUCGAGAGGUUGGAGUUUGAAUCUGCUGGUGGUCGUGGAAGUGGAACUGCUUUCAGUGAUAUUCCUGGGGAGCUUCAGAAGGCUUUGCAACUCUACUUGGGAAGUAGGGGCAUCUCGACGCAUUUUACUGACUUCAUGCAUGCUUACAUGAUAACCAAGGAGUGCCAUGAGUAUUUGUCCUGGUUGAGAAAACUCAAAGGUCUGGUAAAAGGUUGA